CCUAAGCAGAAAUACGUUUAUGCCAACAUGGAGUCGCCUCAGAAUUAUCCUGUUUACGACACUCACCUCAACGGUUUCUUUAAUUGGACCUGGACAUAUAAGUUGGAUUCUGAUUUGCGUUGGGGCUACUUCACAGUUUACAAUUUGGCGGGGCAAAUUGUUGGGCCUAAAAAAGAAAUGCAUUGGCAACAGAUGGAUCCUAUAGACGACCAGACCAAGGCUCGUUUGUCUUCGAAGAGCGUAGCAGCAGCGUGGUUCGUGUCUAAUUGUGACACAAUUAGUAAAAGGGAAGUAUUUGCUAAAGCUUUGGGAAGAAAGCUACACCAGCGCGGACUUUUAUUACACGUCUACGGGGCGUGUGGCCAUGGGCGCUAUGGCGAGUGUGCGCGGGGAAAUCCAGAGUGUGACAAUAUGUUGGAAAAGAAAUACUACUUCUACAUGGCAUUUGAGAACUCGCUGUCUGAAGACUAUGUGACAGAAAAGGUGCUGAGGGCUCUGAAUCACUACACGGUGCCUAUUGUGUUCGGAGGAGCUAAUUAUUCCAGGUUCCUGCCUCCUGGCAGCUACUUGGAUGCGCGCGAGUUGGGCGUCAAACGUCUGGCGGCGCGGAUGGCCGCCAUCAUUGAUGACCACAAGAAAGGCAACGGCCGCCUGUACUUUGACUUCUUUAGAUGGCGAAACCAUUACAUAUUCAAAGCAACAGCUGAGGAAGAAGACGUAUGCAACAUAUGUAAACUGCUCAACGACCCAGCAGCACUGACAAAUACGACUGUUAAUGCUAAUUUUAGAGAAUGGUGGAUGGAUAAGAGCCUCUCAGAAAGAGUGAUAUCCAGAAUAAACACUUCACCCUUCCGAAACACCAGCAAAUGCGCCGAUAUUCCUUCCUGGCAGCAGCGGGAGAACAGAUUAUGUCCAGAUAUGUGCAAAAUGGCGUCUGACACACGAAGGGAUAAGAGGAGUUGA